CGGCCGGGAGGUCGUACCGCCGGAAGUGGCAGCGGUCGCACGCGGCCCGGCGGGGACAUGGCGCUCUACCGCGCGGCCGCCGCCGUCCUGGAGGGGCUGGAGCGCGGCGACGGCGGGAUUAAGACCCUGGUGUACAACAGCCGCUUCCCGCACGUCCGGCAGCUGUACGCCCUGGUGUCCGAGACACUCCGCUACUCCUCGGUGCUGGAGAAGCUGCUCGCCGGCGCCGCGCUGCUGCGGGCCGAGAAGAAGCUGCCGCUGCCGCUGGCGAAGGUACUGGUGUACGACCUGCUCUUUGGCAAGGGCCUGAAGUGCGGGGGCCGCUGGAAGGCGCUGGCCCGGCGGCACCGGGCCCGGCUGGAGGCUGAGCUGGCCCGCCUAAAGGUGCAGCAGAAGGUGAGCCGCAACGAGGACCUCCUGGCCCCGGUGCAGGCAGCGUGUCCCGGAGCCUGCCAGAUACCACGCUACGUCCGAGUCAACACCCUGAAGACUUGUGUCGACGAUGCGAUUGACUUCUUCAAGCGCCAGGGCUACUCCUACCUGGGCAAGGCAGCCAGUGUGGAGGAACUGAGGGCCCUCUCCGGGAAGAAAUUUUUGUUGGAUCUUCAUCUCCCGGAGCUGCUGGUUUUCCCUCCGGCGACAGACUUCCAUGACAACUUCCUGUACACUUCAGGACACAUAAUUCUGCAGGACAAGGCCAGCUGCCUCCCUGCCUUCCUCCUCAGCCCUGCUGCUGGCUCCCACGUCAUCGAUGCCUGCGCUGCUCCUGGGAACAAGACCAGCCACCUGGCUGCCAUCCUGAAGAACAAGGGCCAGAUCUUUGCCUUUGACGUGGACACCAAGCGCCUGGCCACCAUGAACACCAUGCUGAUGCGGGCUGGGGUCACCAGCUUCCAGCUGGCCCAGCAGGACUUCCUGACUGUGGAUCCCAGAGACCCCAAGUACAGCAAGGUGACCUAUAUCCUCCUCGACCCAUCCUGCAGUGGCUCAGGGAUGGUGAACCGGGUGCCGAGGGAGGAGGCUGCCCCGAGUGCUGAGCGGCUGCAGGCGCUGGCCGGCUUCCAGCGCAAGGUUUUGAGCCAUGCCCUGAGCUUCCCGGCUCUCCAGCGCCUGGUCUAUUCCACCUGUUCGCUGCACCGGGAGGAGAAUGAGGAUGUGGUGCAGGCUGUGCUACAGGAGUGGGGCUCGGCCUUCAGGCUGGUGAAUGCCUUCCCUUCCUGGCCCUGCCGAGGACUCGCUGCCUUCUCCAGGGCAGAGAGCUGCCUCCGCGCCUCUCCUGCAGAUACACUCACCCAUGGCUUCUUUGUGGCUGUCCUGGAGCGGCAAGGGGAAGGGACUGCUGCCCCCAGCUACCUGCCUGCGGCAGCUGAGGAGAACCCACAGCAUGGAGAGGGAAUGGAGCCAAAAGCAGCUCCUACAAAGAGGAAGAGGAAAAAGCAGCGGGUGAAGGAGUGAAACAACGUUUUUAGGACUGCACAGUGCCCAGCUGGGGCUGGCGGGGAACACUCUGCCACUGCUGCCUGAACAACAGUGGGGCCACUGAACACAAGUAAAGCUUUGUGUCAGCUGCAGCUCUGGUGGCAUUCUGUAAGGCCCUGCUCCCCUGGGACCGAGUGCCAACCCCCAGGGCCACCCUAUUGCCGGGGGGCGGGGGGAACUGGACCUGGCCCUUGGCACCAGCCCCCAGCAGAAGGUUUGCCCCCAAAGCCAGACCAGGGCUGGGGCAGCCUUGGGAAGUCAGCAGACAGCACCAGUGUCCGGCAACACCCCCAUUUCUGCACACUGCAGGGCUGGAGUGCUCCAGCUGGGGGUGUUAGUUUACCAUGUUCCCCCCUCCUAAAAAUACUUACCCCAGCCCAAUGCAGGGUUUCAGAAAAGCCUUUAACUGUAGGGAUGAAAUAGAUUAAAGUUUCUCUCUCCUCA